AAAGAAGUCCCGCCGUGCUUUGUUCCGUUCAAGAAGACUUAUGAAGCGUAAGCGUUAUCAGUAUACAGUACCAUCUGCGACACCAAGUGAAAAUUUUAAGGGGACUCAUGGCUUAUAACUCUUCGAUGGAAAGUCUAGAGUCAUCAUGUUACCACCUUCCCGAUCCUUCUUUUCACGAAGUAUCUGAGCGUUAUACGAUGAACCUUGUAACAGCCCUAAUCAAUAUAGUAACAGCCCCUCUUGCUGUUAUUUGCAACCUUAUAAUUUUUGCUGCUAUAAUAUUCCGGCUUCGAACACCAUCAAAACUUUUCAUUGCAAGUUUGGCCCUCUCGGAUGCCGUUGUUGGUCUUAUAGUUCAGCCGGGUUACAUCAUGUACCGACUCAUGGAAAAUCAGCAUCGUUCUGUUCCCUGCUUUGUCAGAAUUGUCUAUGCAAAUGCUUUCUACAUUUGUUAUGGAGUGGCCUUUAUGACACUGGCUGCUAUCAGUUACGAGCGGUUCGUAGCGGUUCGUCUUCGGGCAAGGUACAAUGCUGUGUUUGCCCCCAGACGUAUACUGAGAUAUUCGGCGAUUAUCUGGCUUGUCAAUAUUCUUUUUACAAGUCUGCAGUGGGCUGGGAUAAAUCGGAUCUCAAGAGGUAUGCAUUUGGUCAAUUGGUUCUCAUCUCUUGUUAUCGCUGCAGUGGCAAACGUGGGAAUCAUUUUUAAUACGUGCCAAAAUCGAAGACGAAUGCAACCUGCCAACCCUAACCUUCCCGAAUGGAGUCAAAGGCAGAGGCAACGAGAAAUGAGUUUGACAAAAAGUGUCUCCUUCAUCAUUGGGCUCUACUUGAUGUUUAACAUGCCUGUCCUAUGUGUAAAACUUUAUUCCUCGAUAUUGGAGAGAGACAUCAAGACUUACAACCAUUACAGCUGGACAGAAACUCUUGCUUUUCUCAACUCGUGCACGAAUCCAAUGGUGUGUUCUUGGAAGAGUCUGGAAAUCCGUCACGCAGUCAAAGCACUACUGAACAAAAUGUUUUGCAAAUAAAUAGCGUUUUCGUUUGAAAGCGAGGGAAAUGCACCUGCAAAUGAGUUUUCUGUUUAUAAUUCAUUCGUUCGUUCGGUAUAAAUUUAGGAGAAGUACUGAUUAAAUAAUAAUAAAUGUUAUAUAACCAGGGUGACCUCUUCAGCAUAAAAUGCUGAUAUCAAUAAGGGCCCUGCAACAAAAAC